AUGUUGGUUACUCCCUUAGACUUUAAUCUAAGACCCAACGGGGGAAUUCAAAUCCCAAAAACUGAAGGUUCAUCUUCAAGAUCAAGAUCACCUGAUAAGGGAAUUCAAAUCCCAAAGGAAUUAUUACAAAUUCCUAAUAAAAUAUCAAAACCAUACUACGUUGUAUUCAAUGGACCCAACGCUGGUAUAUUUGAAGACUGGAAUAUCACCAAAAAGGAAACUGAAGGAGUUAAAAUUAUUAAACACAAAAAGUUUAAUAACUUUCUUGAAGCCAAGAUAGCUGCAGAUCAAUACACAAGAUCUGAAAGGUGUCCAAAACUACAGAUUAUCACUGCAGCAGAAACCUUAAGGACUAACACAUUCAAGUUAGCCUUAAAUUCUACCAAAAGUUCUAAAACCAUUCUUGGAAGCCUUCCAAGAAGAACUCCCAAGAUUUAUGAAGAAGUCACACCUGACCUCCCAGUAGAAAUUAAGAUAAAGGACUUCGAGUAUUGUUACAGGUAUGCUCGAAGUGCAACAGAAGAAAAACUUGUAGAAGAAAAAUUAUCCACUAUUGACGGGAAGAAUUUAAGUCACUACAAUUUCUACAAAAAUGCCAACUCUUUACAAGUGUAUGAAGCAUUUCAACUAGGAUUGAAUGACAAGGAUGAAAUAAAAUACCAUCCUCAUCAUUUAGUACAAAUAGGCAUCUGCAAGCAAGAAACCUAUCUACCCAGCAAAGCCAUGGAAGAAAAGCUUGAAAGAGCCGAUAUCCUCCAGCUAGCAAAAUCUAGAAUUGAAAUCUUUAUCAACAAGGUUUUCAGUUUUUUAGCAGAUGGCAAGAUUUUCAUCAAUGGAUAUGAUGCCAAUGAGAAGACCUUAAUCUACAGCAAAUACAACAAAGAGAUUUCUCCGGCCGAUGAACAACUGUUCUUAGCCUUCCAAAACUCUCUGCUAAAGCCAGACUUAAUCGGCAAACACGUGGCAGACAUCUGUAAGACGCUCCACAAAAGCACUAACAGAUACAAUUGUCAGAGAUGCUCAACCAUCAAAGUGGCCUCCAUUACCGAAAAUAAUAAUGGCAAAGUUAUUAUUAAAGAAGAUUCCUCGACAAGCACCAAAUAG